ACCUACUAAGUCUGUGAUUGUAUGGUUGUAGCAGAUUUUAGCAUGGUUUUCGUUCACAAAAAUAAAACAUAAAAUAAAUUGAUUUUAUAACUUUUAAAUGAAUCUCUGUACCACAUAAACCUUACUGUAGCUAUGGCAUCGCCUCACAAUGUAUCAGUCGAUCAGGUGCGCCAGAUAUUGUGUGAAGUGAUAGAUGCCCUAGAGUGUCCAGAUUACUCAUCGAAGCUGGACGAAGCCAAAGAAGCUGCUGGAAACGAGAUGCUAAAAAUGAUGCAGAUAGUAUUCCCAAUGGUGGUGCAAAUCGAAAUGGAAAUCAUCAAACGUCAUGGUUUUUGCAAUUCCAGAGAAGGUAUUGUGCAGUUCACCCAACUGGUUCGUGAAAUGGAAAGUAUGGAUAGUGAGGUGGCACGCUUACACGCCCAGAUCCGCAGUCAUUACCUGCCACCAGUCUCCAUCAGCUCUACUGUGGACACUUCUCUCUAAGAGGAAAAUCUUCGGUUAUGAGGAGGCCUCCUUAGGUUCCAAUAUGCCGCAUAGGAGGAAAAAGUAUAAACUGUUAAUUGUAGUGUGUGUCGUGAUAUUUUUGUGCUAUUUCUUCGGUGUCAGUGACUACAUUAAUUCAAAGAGUUUCGAGGACGAUUUCGAUUACCCUUUGAACGUAGACAUCGUGCCUCUAGUAGACGAGGUGCUGACGGGUAUGAAGGCGAGCGUAUCACCUAUCAAUUAUUACCCAUAUAGAUUUUUAACAAACUCUGGGAAAUGUAACACUAUAGAAAAAUUAGAUUUAUUCAUAGUCGUCAAAUCUGCAAUGCAACAUUUCGGUCACAGAACAGCUAUCAGACAGACUUACGGUCAAGAAGAUUUGAUACCCGGUAGAAUAAUUAAAAUACUCUUUUUCCUGGGUGUAGACAACCGUCAUCAUAAAACGGAACUCCAGAAACAUAUAGAUGAGGAGAUGAUCAAAUUCAAAGAUAUAAUUCAGAUGGACUUUCAUGAUAAUUACUACAAUAACACGAUAAAAACAAUGAUGUCCUUCCGUUGGUUAUAUGAACAUUGUGCCACUGCUGAUUAUUAUUUAUUUACCGAUGAUGAUAUGUACAUAUCUGUCAAUAAUCUACUGGAUCACAUACACGAUGAAAUAGUGCCUGUUAAAGAAGCUAAAAGUGGUGUAGAGAAGCACCUGUACACUGGUUACGUGUUCAUGUCUUCGCCCCUCAGGCUCAGGACUAGUAAAUGGCGUGUUUCCUUAGACGAGUAUCCGUGGGACAAAUGGCCGCCGUACGUGACGGCCGGCGCUUACGUUCUGUCUAAUAAAUCCAUGAAAGUAUUGUACGUUGGUAGUUUAUUUGUGAAACAUUUUCGUUUUGACGACAUAUACCUGGGUAUCGUCGCAAAGAAAGUUGGCGUGAGACCUGAACAUUGUGCGAAGUUCCAUUUCUACAAGAAACAGUACGAUAAGGAAGGUUAUAGAGACGUCAUAGCCUCCCAUGGAUACGAUGACCAUGAAGAACUGGUUAGGGUUUGGAACGAGCAAAACAGUAUACGUGAGCGAUAAAUUCUGUUUAAAUUGUCCUAACUCCUAUUAAAAUAACAAUUGCCUCAUUUGGCAUUGCAAUCUCUUGACAAUAU